UCGCUCAUUAUCGAUAUCGAUUGCAGCCGAUAACGACUUUUGUUAAAAGAAAAAAUCAACCAACUUUGCUGUGUAAAUUAUUAAUUGUCAAAUUGCAAGCGAAUAAUGAAUCCCAACAUGAACAUGAUGCCCAUGGCGGGCCCACAGAUGAUGCAGGUGCAGAUGCAGUCCUCGCCCUCCGGAGCACCGGUGCCCGUGCAGCACCAGCAGCAACAACAACCGCAGCCGAUGCAGCAGGCCGAGAAACUGGACAACAUUUCCAGAGUGAAAACCCUGCUCGGACCGCUGCGGGAGUCCAUGUUCCUCACCAUCCGAUCCAGUGCCUUCACGCUGCAGCAGAACAAUCUGGCGGAUAACCUCAAGCGGGACACCGGAGCCCACCAUGUCCCGCGCUUUGACAAGCACCUGGAGGACUUUUACGCCUGCUGCGACCAGAUCGAAAUCCAUUUGAAGACGGCAAUGCAGUGCCUGCAGCAGCAGAACUCGUCCAACCAUUACCUGCCCGGCCCUGUGACACCCAUGCGCAUGGAGAGCUUCAUGCCGGAGAAUGCUGGACCCAUUCCGUACCCAACCUAUCUGAAUACCGUACGGGUGCAUGUCCAGUCGGCUAAGGACAUCCAUGAUACCCUGAUUAGCGCCGCACAGAACAUCUCGCAGGCUGAUUGAUAGUUGUAGUGAUUAUUAUUUAGUUAGAUUUUAUUAUUUACCAAGUUAAGAUGUACGAAUAGUGAUAAAUAUAGAUGAUAUAUAAGCAA